GCAAGUCAGCUAUGUUGGGUCCUCCCAAAAAGGAGCGAAAGAACUACAGAGGGAAGAGGCCUGUCAUCAGUAAAUAUAGACAAGAUAAUUUGAGGAAUUUUAAGAAACGACAAAACAGCCAUUAUAAGUAUUAUAUUGGAUUCAGUGUUAACUGUUUUCCAAACUCGGAGCCAUGAUACUUUUGGAAAUUAACAACCGGAUCAUAGAGGAGACACUGAGUCUGAAAUUUGAAAGUGCAUCCACUGGGAAUAAACCAGAGGCAGUGGAAGUCACUUUUGCCGAUUUUGAUGGCGUGCUCUACCAUAUCUCAAACCCCAAUGGGGACAAAACCAAAGUUAUGGUUAGCAUCUCUCUCAAAUUCUACAAGGAACUUCAGGAACAUGGAGCUGAUGAGCUCUUGAAACGGGUUUAUGGAAACUUCCUUGUGCCACCAGAAUCAGGCUACAACGUGUCCCUGUUGUUUGACCUGGAAUCACUUCCUGCGAAUAAAGAGGAGGUCGUUCACCAGGCCGGAAUGCUGAAGAGGAAUUGCUUUGCCUCAGUCUUCGAGAAGUACUUCAAGUUCCAGGAAGAAGGCAAGGAUGGCGAGAAGAGGGCUGUGGUCCACUACCGUGACGACGAAUCCAUGUAUUUGGAGGCAAAGAAAGACAGAGUGACUGUGGUGUUCAGCACGGUUUUCAAGGACGACGAUGAUGUCAUUAUUGGGAAAGUAUUUAUGCAGGAGUUUAAGGAGGGCCGGCGGGCGAGUCACACAGCGCCCCAGGUGCUGUUCAGCCACACGGAGCCACCGCUGGAGCUGAAGGACACGGACGCUGCAGUUGGAGACAACAUCGGCUACAUCACCUUCGUCCUCUUCCCCCGUCACACCAGUGCCAGCGCCCGGGACAACACCAUCAACCUCAUCCACACGUUCAGGGACUACCUGCACUACCACAUCAAGUGCUCCAAGGCUUAUAUCCAUACACGCAUGAGGGCCAAGACCUCCGACUUCUUGAAGGUGCUCAACAGGGCGCGUCCCGAUGCCGAGAAGAAGGAGAUGAAGACCAUCUCGGGCAAGACCUUCUCCCGUUAAAGCACAGUCGCUCCACGCCUUCUCCUGACUGCUCCUAACCGCUCCUGACCGCCCCUCUGGAACCAGGCCAGGCUGGCCCAAUGGCCUGGAACAAAAAGCCAUCUCGCUCUCCUCAUUGAAUUCUUUAGUUGUUUUCCUUUUUUAAUAAAUGUAUGCUUCAUAAACAAGUCGUUUCAAAAAGGCAUUCCUUGCUUGGAACAUAUCAAAGCAUAUAUUACAAACAUACAUUUAUUGAUAUAUCUGUAUAUCAGAGCAUAUAUUAAAAACAGUUUUAAAAAAAACUAUCUUAUUAAAACAUAAAUAUAUGGAUAUAUCAUCACCCUAUAUGUCUAUAUGUGUAUAAAAUGAAAGUUUUGAUACAAUAUCUUUUGUUCUGCAUGUUUGUUAAUCGUUUUGCUUUUGUACUGGAUUCGAAAACGCCUUCCUUGCUCUGUGCUUUUCCCUCCUGUCUCUCCCCGUUUAUCUUUUGAUGUUGUUCCUGCCAAUGGUGGUGAAACAUAAUGGUUGAAACUCCUUAGAAAGUGGUCUGUAUGUAACAUUUCUAAAGUCUAAACAUUCUUAUAAAUGUUAAAGUAUCAGCAUUCAAUCUGGUGUGUUUUUCUUGCCAAGGUAACAGUUGGUCAGUAAGUAGUGUGACCAGGUGUGGAUGAGUGGCAUAUAAUUAGCCCUAUUUAAGAUUGUAAACAUGGCUGGUCACGCAUGUAUGCUUCUGUCUGAAUUCCAAGGAAAAUAUCAGUUUGUUCAUGUGUAAAAUGUUAUGGGUUCGUUUUUUUUUUUUAACCCCACACCAAAUACCUUCACUCGGCUGGCAUCCGUCUUAACAUUCUGCGUAUCACCUCUCUGGGUUUAUAAGCAACUUGGAGCGAUUGCACGUGACUGCCACUCAAGGUCACUGCUUUUGAGGUGAUUAUCUUUCAGUGUAUCAUAUGUCUUCUAAUCAUGAAUGGUGAGAAAUAUUUGCAGUUGGGUCUUUUGACUAGUCUGGAUCUCCUGUAAACCAUGAAGUGUUCAUGCUGAGUAAACUUGCUAACUUAAUAAAAUUCAAUGCGAUA